AGCAGCUCCAUCCAGCAGCACCACUUGGAGGCACACGGCACCCACACGCCCGCCCGCACCCAGUCGGCGAAUAGUAGUUUACUGUGGCUGAUGCAAGCAGCUUGAAUCAAAAAAUCGAAACCCUUUUUUUCUCUCCCUCCCAGCGUCGUCCGUCCCCCUCCAUCCCGACUUCGCUUCGCAGCUCACCCACCCACCCACCCCGCUCUCCCGUGGCCGACAGAGUCGCAGCCGCCGCCCACCAUGUCCGAGGCUCAAAAGAUUGCCAUCGUCUCCGUCUACGACAAGACGGGGCUUUUGGACCUGGCUAAGGGCCUCGUCCAGCAGAAUGUCCGCAUCCUGGCCUCUGGCGGCACCGCUCGCAUGAUUCGCGAGUCGGGCUUCCCCGUCGAGGACGUCAGCGCCAUCACCAAGGCGCCCGAGAUGCUCGCCGGCCGCGUCAAGACGCUGCACCCCGCUGUCCACGCCGGCAUCCUUGCCCGAAACCUCGAGUCGGACGAGAAGGACCUGGCCGACCAGAACAUCAACAAGGUCGACUACGUCAUCUGCAACCUGUACCCCUUCAAGGAUACGGUCGCCAAGAUCAACGUCAGCAUACCCGAGGCCGUCGAGGAGAUUGACAUUGGCGGCGUCACCCUCAUCCGCGCCGCUGCCAAGAACCAUAAGCGCGUCACCAUCCUCAGCGAUCCCAGCGACUACGCCGGCUUCCUCAAGGAGCUCGAGCAGGGCGAGAUCACCGAGACGAGCCGCAAUCGCUAUGCCCUCAAGGCCUUUGAGCACACGGCCGACUACGACGCUGCCAUCUCCGAUUUCUUCCGCAAGGAAUAUGCCGGCGCCGGCGAUCAGUACAUGGCCCUCCGCUAUGGUGCCAACCCCCACCAGAAGCCCGCCGCUGCCUUCACUGCCGAGGGCAAGCUGCCCUUUACCGUCCUCGGCGGCUCCCCCGGUUACAUCAACCUCCUCGACGCCCUCAACGCCUGGCCCCUCGUCCGCGAGCUCAAGAAGGCCCUGGGCCUCCCCGCCGCUGCCAGUUUCAAGCACGUCUCCCCGGCCGGUGCCGCCAUCGGCCUGCCUCUUACCGCCGAGGAGCGCAAGGUCUACUUCGUCAACGAUAUUGAGGGCAUCGAGACGUCGGCCCUGGCCCAAGCCUACGCCCGUGCCCGUGGCGCCGACCGCAUGAGCAGCUUCGGCGACGUCAUCGCCCUCAGCGACGUCGUUGACGUGCCCACCGCCAGCAUCAUAUCCAAGGAGGUCUCGGAUGGCGUCAUUGCCCCUGGAUACGAGCCCGCCGCUCUCGAAAUGCUCAAGAAGAAGAAGGGCGGCAAGUACCUGGUGCUUCAGAUGGACCCCGAGUACGAUCCUGCGCCCACCGAGACGCGCACCGUCUACGGCGUCAACCUGCAGCAGCACCGCAACGACGUCGAGAUCUCCCCCAAGUCGUUCAACACCAUCAUCACCCCCAAGGACGCCGGCGCCCUGCCCGAGAGCGCCGCUCGCGACCUGACCGUCGCCACCAUCACGCUCAAGUACACACAGAGCAACUCGGUGUGCUACGCCGUCAACGGCCAGGUUGUCGGGCUCGGCGCCGGCCAACAGUCCCGCAUCCACUGCACCCGCCUCGCCGGCGACAAGGCCGACAACUGGUGGAUGCGCUUCCACGAGCGCGUCCUCGGCAUCAAGUGGAAGAAGGGCACAAAGCGCCCCGACAAGAGCAACGCCAUCGAUCUGCUCGUCAGCGGCCAGCUGCCCAAGGACGGCCCCGAGCGUGAGGCCUUUGACGCCGUCUUCGAGGAGGUGCCGGUCGCCUUCACCGAGGAGGAGCGUGAGGCCUGGAUGAAGCAGCUCAAGAAUGUCUGCGUGUCCAGUGAUGCUUUUUUCCCGUUCAUCGACAACGUCUUCCGCGUCGGCCGCUCAGGCGUCAAGUACAUUGCUGCGCCAGGCGGCAGCCAAAACGACGGCGCCGUGUUCGAGACGGCCGAGAAGUUGGGCAUUACCUUUGUGCAGCAGAACAUCCGCCUCUUCCACCACUAGGGCAGCAGCGCAGCCGUCAGCCAAUGUGAGAGCUGUGGGAGUUGAUAUGCAAUGUGGACAUGGAUGGGAGGGACAUGGAUGGGACAAAGAAAAGCAGGGAUUUCAAUGAUUUGGUUUGGGGGUGUUCAAUAAUUUACGCGAGCCCAUCUCCUUUUUUUUUUGGCUGCGUGCAGCUGUGGAGAGACCUUGAGAGGGACUUGGAGGCGUAGUAUUCGAUAUAGAAGUCGAACGCGUCAUGACGAAUUUCCUUGAUUGCAUUUGCUUGCAUGAGAGCUGUGAAAGGG